AUGAACCAAUUGCUUGACAAAAUUGAACAGUAUUUUGUACAAUUUUGUUUGUUAAACUUAUUUUGCAUCAAAUUUACUAGACUUAUCAAAAAAAAGUCGUGCAAAUUUUCAAUUUCCCACAACUCUAACAAGAGUUUGCCAUUUUUUUCUUAUUGCUUUAAGCAAUUCUCAUUCCCCGUACUAAAAUAUCCUACUUCCAGUAUUGACCAUUACUUCGAUCACACAUACACAAUGUCACAAAGAUUUGCUGAUCUCAUAUCCAAGAUUGCAUUACCAGCUGGUUUGACCAUUGCCUUGGCACAAGCAUCCAUGUAUGAUGUUCCAGGUGGUAAAAGAGCUGUGAUCUUUGAUCGUUUAAAGGGGGUUGAACAAAAAGUCAUUGGUGAAGGUACCCAUUUCUUGAUUCCCUGGUUACAAAAAGCAGUUAUCUUUGAUGUCAGAGUAGAGCCUAGAGUUAUUACCACCACCACUGGGUCUAAGGAUUUACAAAAUGUCUCAUUAACAUUAAGAGUUUUAAGCAGACCAGAAGUGAGAAAAUUGCCAUUUAUUUAUCAAAACUUGGGUUUGGAUUACGCGGAAAGAGUGUUGCCUGCCAUUGGUAAUGAAAUCUUGAAGUCCAUUGUUGCCCAAUUUGAUGCAGCAGAAUUGAUUACCCAAAGAGAAGUCGUUUCCGCCAGAAUAAGACAAGAAUUAUCAAGAAGAGCCGAUGAGUUCAACAUUGAAUUGGAAGAUGUUUCCAUCACCCACAUGACAUUUGGUAAAGAAUUCACGAAGGCUGUUGAGCAGAAACAAAUUGCCCAACAAGAUGCAGAGAGAUCCAAGUAUCUUGUUGAAAAGGCUGAACAAGAAAAGAAGGCAGCUAUUAUCAGAGCAGAAGGUGAAGCUGAAGCAGCUGAUCUUGUGUCGAAAGCAUUGGCCAAAGCUGGUGAUGGGUUAUUGAUGAUUAGAAGAUUAGAAGCCUCUAAGGAUAUUGCCACAACAUUAGCCAAUUCUCCAAAUAUUACAUAUUUGCCAAAUGGUGACAGUGGUAAAGGUGGAGACGGAUCAAAUAACUCAUUGUUGUUGAACAUCGGUCGUUAA